AAAAACUUGAGAGAUAUGUACCAUUCAAGCAAGAACUGCCCUCGUGGCGACAGUCGAACAACCAAUGCUUCUUCACAUCCAUCACCGCGUGGAUAUCCGCAGAGAAUUCAGGAAUCGUUCGCCCCAUCUUUUCCUGCUUCAAAAUCAGCGGUCAACGGACAAGCAUCGAUGGCCGAAAAUAAUAGACAAACCAGGUGUGCCAACCAGCUUCCACCGCCUGCUCCAGUUCCAGACUUUAUUAAAGUUUGGGUGAAGCAGCAAAAAGAAAAAGAGUUGGCUCUCAAUAAAAACAACGGAUCGGGUCAGGCAAGCAGCAGUUUGUCAAAUCGUCGUGACAAGUCGGUGGAAUUUGUUGCCGAAGUCAAGCCCGAUAGUGGGUACGCACUUGUUAAGACCCCCACGAAAAGAGACGGAAUGUCAAGAACUACCGCGGAUUAUACGCGGCCGAACGUCAUCGCAGAGAGUCUAACAGACACAGAGUGUCAGUCCGUCAAAUUGAAUGGGUGA